UGCGCAGCAACAACCUCCCUCCCGCUCACCUUCAUCGAACUCGUAACCACCACCUACGGCGAAGAGGUCUACCUGACGGGCUCCAUCGCCGCGCUGGGCAACUGGGCCACGACGGCCGGCACGGGCGGACGGGUGGCGCUCAGCGCGGCCAACUACUCCGCCGCGUAUCCGGCGUGGUCGGCCACCGUGUCGGUGCCGCUGGGGACCAGCUUCGAGUAUAAGUUCUUCAAGGUCGGGAGCGACGGGAGCACGAUCACGUGGGAGAGUGAUCCCAAUCGGUCGUAUGCGGUCACGGCGACGGCGUGUGCGGGGGCUACGGCGACGGUGGUGGAUAGUUGG